CAACCUCAAGGAAAUCGUGGCAAGAUGGCGUCCCUGGAUCGGGUGAAGGUUCUGGUGUUGGGAGACUCAGGUGUUGGGAAAUCUUCACUCGUCCAUCUUCUGUGCCACAAUCAAGUGUUAGGAAAUCCGUCAUGGACUGUGGGCUGCUCGGUGGAUAUCAGAGUUCAUGACUACAAAGAAGGGACCCCUGAAGAGAAGACAUACUAUAUAGAACUAUGGGAUGUUGGAGGCUCUGUGGGCAGUGCCAGCAGUGUGAAAAGCACGAGAGCGGUGUUCUACAACUCUGUAAACGGCAUCAUUUUAGUACAUGACUUAACAAAUAAGAAGUCAUCUCAAAACUUAUAUCGCUGGUCCUUGGAAGUUCUCAAUCGGGAUGCAGUUCCAACCGGAGUCCUCGUGACAAAUGGGGAUUAUGACCGAGAACAGUUUGCUGAUAACCAAAUCCCACUGUUGGUAAUAGGGACUAAACUGGACCAGAUUCAUGAAACCAAGCGCCAUGAAGUUUUAAUCAGGACUGCUUUCUUGGCUGAGGACUUCAAUGCUGAAGAGAUUAAUUUGGAUUGCACAAACCCACGGUCCUCAGCUGCAGGCUCCUCCAAUGCUGUCAAGCUCAGUAGAUUUUUUGAUAAGGUUAUAGAGAAGAGAUAUUUUUUUAGAGAAGGUAAUCAGAUUCCAGGCUUUUCUGAUCGGAAGAGGUUUGGAGGAGGGGCACUGAAGAACUUCCACUGUGACUGAGUGGCCCUCAGCCCUGGAAGAGCAAGGGAACAGCAGCAGUGUCCACAGCUUCCUCUUGCUGUGUAGGGACAUUAACUUCUCAGGCUUUGGUAAAAACAUCUCAAAAUGCUACCUCACCCUCUCAUGGAAAAUUGAAAGGAAACAGCGGCAUGGAAGGUCCUAGCUCUGCCCAUUCUCUGUAUCCUCACCUGUCCCUGUUUAUAGCUUAUGUAAAAGCCUUGUGACGACAUAAGGGCUUGUCAAACCCAUGCAGUAAAGAACUGGAGACAAGGGCUGCAGCGAAGGCUGACUCUUAUUUGGAACCAGCGGGUUUUACAGGCCUGCGAUUUUCCUACACUCUGAAGCUGCUGAAGGCUUAAUGAAGUACUUCAGAAACAUAUCUGUGUUGUUUUACCUUCCUGGGGGGAAAGGUCAUGUUAAUCAGCCCUGAGUUAUCCACCCCAAACCAUCUCUGUCAUUUUAAAGAAGCCAAAUGGUGUUAUUUCAUUUUCUCCGUCCUCAUUACACACAGGGAUGCCUAAGAAUAGCAACCCCAUCUCCUCUGGUCUCUCUGGGAAAAAGCUUAGUGUCUGGGAAGAGCGAUGGACUAAUAGCUGGAGUUAAAUAGAAAUACAAAUUAAUAAUACAUGGCGAACAGACCAGAAGAGAAGGGUCUGUGAGACUCCAACAGCUCCUCUGCUCUAAGGUUGCAGCUGUCGGAAGGCUCUUUCUGCUUUCUGUUUGGAAAUUGGGUGAAAUCUGAGACCUUACAAGGCCAGUAAGACAGAUUAUUGCCUCUUUGGUGGGUUUUUGUUUUGUUUUGUUUUUUUAAUUUUCUUUUCCCAGUUUGGUUGGUUAUUGUUCUGUUUAUUUGUAAGGAAAUCCAAUUCCUGGAAUGUCCCUUAAUACGAUGAACAGUAAACUAAGACUAUUAUCCUUGUCUUAGCAAUGUAUUUAUGAGAAAGUCAAUUAAGUUCCAGAGUAACGAACUCAUAUACAUUAUGAGCCCGUGUUUGAGAUUUCAUCAUAUGCUGCAGCAUUUUUGGCGGUGGUGUGUAUGUCUUUGUUUGCAUAAUUGGUCGUCAUUGUUUCUUAGCCCAUCUUUUUUGCUGGUUUAAUCUCAAUUCCUUAGUUUAUAAAAUUGGUUGCCAAAAACGGCUGUAAUUGGCUGCUGUGUUCAACACCUUGUUUCCAGAUGCUCCUGUCUGCAGCAGCGCCCCGCUUCCCGCUCCCCGCUCCCUGGCUUUGUACCUAAUUAAAAAAUCAUGGUAUGAAUAUA